GACACAUCCUGUGAGGAAAAAUAUGUCAGCAAGUGUGUUUUUCCUGAAAAGAGAGCAUUGUGUUGAAGCUGCCUCCAGGCCAGGUCUUAUCUGGUUCAGCGGGGAGGAUGUGGUCAGUACUGGGAGGCUUUGUUGAUGGGUUGACUGGUGGAGGUGUUGGGGCUUUGUGAGAUGGUGGACAUUGUUCCUGUGGGCCCAGGGUAGAAAACGUCUGGUGUUAUGCAGAAAAGCUCGCUCCUGUGGGGGGUAUAAUAAGAGCCCGGGCACUCGAGUGUCUCAAAGUCAGUUGCGUGAAAUUCGCCCAAACCGCAAGGACUGUGCUGUGUUAGAGUCAGCCUCAUCAGUGAUGGACACUCAGACUGAUUUGGAGGUGAUCUUAGAGUUCCUAGAGGAGUACUACAGACAAAACACAGCACAGAAUGACAAGGUGGCCUGGACUUCAAGCGUGCCUGUGGAUGUUACAUGCGAGCAACGUUGGACAUGCUACGAGCCACAUAACAUAAAACCUGCACCUCAGCCCUUCCUGGCAGAGGAUGCCCCAGCAGCCCUCGGCCACAAUACAACAGCAUCAUUGUCUGAGCGUGGUUCACUGCCAAACUUUGUAUCAACAAAACAAUCCAGCAAACACCCAGGCACAGCGACGGGGAGUGUUUGCUCCAUGGCUGCAGGCAGAAAGGUGCGACUCUUUCACUUCUUGUUUGAGAUGCUGGAGGAUCCCAACAUGGCCCACUGUUUGGCCUGGGUGCCAGCAGCCGCCGGCGUCUUCCGCUUCUCCUCCAGGAAUAAAGAUCAGGUGGCGGCGCUCUGGGGCCAGAGAAAGGGCAACAAGAGGCCAAUGACGUACCAGAAGAUGUCCCGGGCGCUCAGGAACUACGCCAGGUCCGGAGAAAUCUUCAAGGUGAAGAAGAAGCUCACCUACCAGUUCAGCAGAGACACCCUGAUGUCGCUGCAGAAGAGUCAGAGAGGAGACUUCAUGUAGCUCGUCUCUUUACGUGCUCCGUUGUCCUGUUUUUAACGUCUUUCUGCAUUAUUAGUGUGAUGAAUUGCAUUUCAUUCUUGUUUUGCUUGUGGUGUAAAUAUGAAAAAGAAAUAAACUAUUUUAGCUUU